AUGGGUACUGGAAAGCCAGACUUGGCUGCCUAUUGGCCGAAGCCCGAGCUGAACCUGCCUUCGCCAUGGAGCCUCCCCCUCACGAUGCUUGCUACAGGUAAAAUGGUUGCCGUUGAAUCUCUAAGCAGGGACUCCCAGAUAUUUCGGUACCAGAACUGGUCUGGUCAAAUCCAGAUACCGAUUCAUACGCCAGAGUGGUUGACUAAUGUCUUCCCUAAUAUACUUGACAACUUACACGCCGGGGCCUUAUCGCUAGAUCUCUCUCGCUUCCACUUGGGAGGUUCGUUAACUACCGAGGAUUGGGAAGACCAAUGGUUUACUAUUAUCUGCGAUCCCCACUUCAGUUACGUCCCCUGUGGUCUAUCUGGCGAAGACGAGGUGGAAUAUAAACGUCUGGCAUGGAUCCAGGACGAUGCCCUCACGCCUAUUUCUGACCGUACCUGCGCCGACUUAUCUCCUCGUUUCCCGAUAACUCCUCCGUUCGUAACUUUCAACGGGUUUGUCGAUACCCAAAAGUUCCCCCUUGCCGAUGAUCCCUCCGUUGGUCUCGAUGAAAUAACCAGGAACUCGUCAGCCGUCUUCAGGGUGUGGUCUAGAUUUACUUCUACAGAGGCUGCUUAUACCCCCAAAACUGGAUGGUAUGCUAACUACGUUUACGCGAUGCUUCCCAAAUGCAAAGCACAUAUGAAGAAGAAGUGCGAGGAUUACCGCGUCGAGACAACACCAUUUCGCAAGCAUGGAAAAAAAGCCUAUAUUACUGGCUAUUUCCAUGGUUUCUGCAACAAGAAUACCGUCUUUACCUCUGAUUAUCCUUAUAACCCCCUUGAGUUUGUCCUACUCAUCGAGAUUAUCAAAGUUGACUGGGCUGCUGGGGAGCCUAGGCAGACCGCAGCCUCGCGCGAUCCGUUUUCUACGCCGUCAAAAGGAGAUAUGACUGAACGUACGAAGGGAAAAUUCAAGUUCGAUCCUCUCGCACAGAUGUCUGCCGACGCGAAAGUGCCUGGGCCUCUGUUUAAUAAUGGUUCACAAGCCUCGGACGCUAUUGUCGAUAAUGAUGAUCCGUUUUCUGUUAACGGCCUCCGCGACGUCGCGCCUAUUAAUAUAAAGCGAUCCGGAGAGGUAGAGACUAUUGAAGACAGCAGUGAUGGGGCGAGUCUAACGAAGCGGCCUAAACGGGGCAGUUUGCGUGGGAGGAAAUAG